GUAAUGAACUAGACAGUGUAACCGAGUUUGAGACUUCUGUCAACCAAAGCCAUCUCAAUAGCAGGGCAUAGGUCUCCUAAGAGCGAGUUCCUUCGUCUCGAAUAAUCCAUUUCACAAAUCGAAAGAUCUACUGGGAGUGCGGCCGCUUUGUGAGGUGCAAUGACAUGACGAGCUUGGAAUGCACACCAGGAAGAGACUAUUUUGUCCAAGAUCCAGCUUUUCCUCAGAUAUGUCAGAUUCGAUGUGACGGAUCUAUUUAUGACGGGUAUCGCAAAGUAGGAUCUAGUGAACUUGAUAGUACUGAGCGCAGAUCCUAUGACGGAGUAGUAGUAGUUGCGCGAAGCGGGAGCUCGGAAUUGAAGCCUGAUGAGUCUGUCUGGCUCUUACUUAUGCAGAAGUCUGAACGUGGCCGAGGAUACCAUCGAAUUGGGAUUGCUAAGGUAAAGGCUGACUAUAUUAGUCGUUCAGGAAGCCGCGUUGUUAUAACGUGAUGGAAUGUGGUACGGGGCAUGGGUUAUUGAGAUAUUUAGGAAGCUCAUCCAGAUUGACCACCCAUAUUUGUCAUGCUGAAGAAAUUUGUGGGUAGAUUAGGCUUUACUGGUUUAGAG